AUGGCGACGGUGCAACUUCCCAUGACGAUGGAGGCGCUUGUCGGUGGCCUGGAGACAGAGCCAGGAAGCGAGCCGCACUUCUGCCCAGUCAAAGCUCUGCCCAUCAAGCGAACGCAUCGUGUGCGGACAUUGCCAGGCUUUCACCUGCUGUGCCUCGAUGCAGGCAAGGAGGCCAUGGCGCGAGGAAGCUACGAAGCCUUCGGGCAACGUUUCCACUGCGAAAGUCUCGAGUACCUGCACCAAGAUGACAAGGUCUUUAUAUGCCCACAGGACCAGAAGGCUUUUCUGAACCAGAUGUCCAUGCGGUAUCACCAAUACAUCAGGCAUGAGCUGCAGGAGCGCAAAGAGGAACGGAAGCGGCUUCGAGAGCGUGCUGAGGAGAGGAAAGCUAGAGCUGAUCGGCAUCGACAGCAACCCGACAGCCUGUCAGCAAGGGCAGUCGUUGCGGACCCGCCUCCCGCGGCUCCCGCGGCUCCUGCGGCUCCUGCGGCUCCUGUCCUUCCUGACCCAGGCUUGGAGCGUCCCAGUCUCGCGUCCGACGUUCCCGAAACGCCACCGCCAGUCAUCAACGAGGACUUCCCGGAGGUCAAGUUGCCAAAGCCGAGAAAUGAAGCAGAUCCAAGGCUGGCCUCCACGUUGACACCCCUUCCGGUCCAGACGCCAAUGACACCGGCGCCUUCGACGCAGAAGCCGCCCGUCGAUGACGACCUCUAUGGUGAUCUCGGGGGAGAGCAGGCGAAGAGACAGAAGACUGGCUCCGCCUAUGCCAGUGCGAUGACGGCGAUGAUGACUGGAGACUUUGAUGACGACGACUGCCCACAGGCACCACGACCCUUCGUGCCUUUCACAUUUCCUGGUGACGAAAUACCCUGCACAAUGCUGCUGAAACUGUUUGCCGCCUUUGCCACGGCUCAUGUUGCGGCUGCUUCCGAUGCCUCACUGGAGGAUGCCGCGCUGUCUCUCAUACAGGGGCAUGCGAGGAAGAUCGUCAAGACCAAGGGUUCGAAGCUUGCCACACAACUGUCGGCGACGGAUGCUUUGGCGGACUUUGAAGGUGGAGCAGGAUUGUCCUUGAUACAAGGCAACCAGUGCCGACUUAAUGUUGACGAGCACUGCGCAGCACCAGCUGGCGCUCGAAGAGUAAAGAAGGCCGCUGAUCCUGCCCUGUCUGCAGCGGUAGCUGAUGGUAUUGAGGAUGGUGUGGCUGCUCUAUCACUCUUUCAAGUGACCCGUGGGUCGUGGCGAAAGGGCGAUGAAUGCCACGGGUCGGUCAGAGACGUCGUGGCGGAUGAAGCGACGACAGACCAGGCUGCGGACUCCGCAGCGACAUCCUUAAUUCAGCAAGAACGGAGCAAAAUCAAAGUCCGGAGAGCCUCCGUGGAAGGCUGGGACUCGCCUUUGGGAGCUUUGGUCAAUGGAUGUCUGUGUUUGUUUUGGCAGGUUCCUGACUGA